GCGGCAGCGGCAGCGGCGAGAGGCGGCGCUUGUCGGGGAGCAGCGGCGUCCGAGGCGGCCCGAGCGGGCUGUGUGCGCUGCGGCGGGCGCUGCGCUGUGCGGCGAGAGCGGCUGCGAGGGAGGCGCGGCAGCGGCAGGAGGCAGGAGCGCGGCGAGCGCUGGCGGCAGAGAAUGGCGGUGAGGCGGCGGCAGAGGCGCGGGCCGGGCGGCGGGCGAGCGCUGCUGGGCGCGGUGCUGCUGUGCGUGUGGUGGCGGGCGGCGGCCGAGCGGGUCCGCUACGCCAUCCCCGAGGAGCUGGGCACAGGCUCGCUCGUGGGGCCGCUGGCGCGGGACCUGGGGCUCAGCGCGGACGAGCUGCCGGCGCGCAAGCUGCAGGUGGCGUCUGGCGGCAAGAAGCAGCUGAAAUACUUCACGGUGAACGAGGAGAACGGGAACCUGUACGUGAACGAGAGGCUGGACCGGGAGGAGAUGUGCGGCGAGUCGGCGACCUGUUCUGUCAGCUUCGAGGCGCUGGUUCACAACCCGCUGAACGUUUUCCACGUCGAGGUGGCGAUCGAGGACGUGAAUGACAACUCCCCGACCUUCAGUAAGGCUGCUCUGGACCUCGAGAUUGGUGAAUGGACGCUUCCCGGUGCUCGUUUUCCGCUGGAGAUGGCCCAAGACCUGGAUGUAGGGACUAACUCGCUGCUGACUUACCAGCUCACCAGCAACCAGCGGUUCUCAGUGUUCAUGAAGGAAAAGCCGGGUGGAAAAAAGCAGCCGGAAUUAGUGCUAGAGACAGCUUUGGACCGGGAGAAACAGAGCUGUUUUGAGCUUGUGCUGACAGCAGUGGAUGGCGGGGACCCCGCCAGGUCCGGGACUGUCCAGAUUCACAUCAACGUGACGGACUUAAACGACAAUCGACCAGUUUUCACGAAAAGCGUCUACGAGGCGCGAGUGGCAGAGAAUCUGCCGGCGGGGUCUCUGGUGCUGCAGGUCGUUGCGACGGAUGCAGACGCAGGCUCGAACGGGCGAGUGUCCUACUCCUUCAGCAGCGUCCCGGGUAAUAUCAAGGCGUUGUUCGCUGUCGACAGUGACAGCGGGGAGAUCAGGACGCUGGGUCCCCUCGAUUUCGAGGAGAAGAGUAAAUACAUCCUCGGCCUGGAGGCGAGUGACGGGGGUGGGCUCACCAGUCACUGCGAAGUGCAAAUCGACAUCACGGACGAAAAUGACAACGCGCCCGAGAUCACCAUUCUGUCACUGUCGAGUCCCGUGCCCGAGGACGCUCCGGUCGGCACCGUGGUCGCCGUGCUGAAUGUGAACGAUCCAGACUCGGGCGAGAACGGUCAGGUGUCGUGCGAGCUGUCGGGGCAGGCGCCGCUGUCGAUCGUGGCGUCGUCGGGCGGCUCGUACAAGGUGGUGACGGCGAGCGCGCUGGACCGCGAGCAGGCGGCCGAGCAGCGCGUGACGGUGGUGGCCCGGGACCGGGGCAGGCCGGCGCUGCGGAGCAGCAGGGAGCUGGUGCUGGAGGUGUCGGACGUGAACGACAACGCGCCGGUGUUCGAGGAGGCGGCGUACAGCGCGUACGUGGCGGAGAACAACGCGGCGGGCGCGCUGGUGGUGCGCGUGCAGGCGCGGGACGCGGACGCGGGCGCCAACGGGCGCGUGAGCUACUGGCUGGCGGGCGGCAGCGCGGGCGCGGCGGGCGCGGCGCCGCCGGUGUCGGUGGAGGCGCGGAGCGGCGCGUUGUACGCGCAGCGCUCCUUGGACUACGAGCAGUGCCGCGAGUUCUGGGUGGCGGUGCGGGCGCAGGACGGCGGCGCGCCGGCGCGCAGCUCCACGGCCACGGUGCGCGUGUUCGUGCUGGACCGCAACGACAACGCGCCGCGGGUGCUGUGGCCGGCGGCGGCGGGCGAGGCGGCGGCGGGAGGGGCGGCGCCGCCUUUCGAGGUGGUUCCGCGUUCGGCCGAGGCCGGCUACCUGGUGGCCAAGGUGGUGGCGGUGGACGCGGACGCGGGGCGCAACGCGUGGCUGUCGUACGAGCUGGUGCAGGCGUCGGAGCCGGCGCUGUUCCGCGUGGGGCUGCACAGCGGCGAGGUGCGCACGGCGCGCGCCGUGUCCGAGCGGGACGCGGCCAAGCAGCGCGUGGUGGCCGUGGUGAAGGACCACGGGCAGCCGGCGCUGUCGGCCACGGCCACGCUGCACGUGGUGCUGGCCGAGAGCUUGCAGGAGGCGCUGCCGGAGCUGAGCGAGCGGGCGGCGGGCGGCGAGGCGGCGGCGGCCGAGCUGCAGUUCUACCUGGUGCUGGCGCUGGCGCUGCUGUCGGCGCUCUUGGUGCUGAGCGUGGCGCUCUUGGUGCUGGCGCGGCUGCGCCGGGCCGGGCCGCCCGCCGUGCUGCGCUGCCUGGGCGCGCAGCGCUUCUCGGUGGCCGGCGCCGCCUUCCCGGCCGACUUCUGCGAGGGCACCUUGCCCUACUCCUACAACCUGUGCGUGGCGGCGCCGGCCCGCGCCGUGCCCGAGGCGGCUUGGCCGCCGCCGCCGGUGCCCGUCCUGUCUGCGGAGGAGCUGCUGGGCGGGGAUUCGUGCGAGAAGCCCGGCCUGAGCAGUGAGCUCGUCGCGAGAGAGCCGCCCGCCGAUGCCGAUGCACCGCAGGUCUGUAAAGCGGCCGGGCGGGCAGCGCCGGGCAGCGCUCGGUGCCUGCAGUGCCGGGAGGAGGCUGCGGGCGCCGCUGUUGACCGAGAGGAGCGAGAGGGAGAGCGGAGCGCUGCCGGCAGCCCCGCCCGCUGCGGAUCGGCUCGCUCGGCUGCUCGCUCUGUGUGCGACCGUGCGGGCCGCGAUCGUGCCCGCGGUGCCGGUGCAUUCUGCAGCCAGGCAGCGGCAGCAGCGCAGGGUGCAGAAGCUGAGAGCAUUGAGCGGCAGCGGGAGUUGGAUCGGCGCUGUUGCGGUGCCGGCGGUGGCGCGGCGGAGAUGAGCGCGGCGGGGAGGCGCUGGGGCCGGCGGCAGCGAGCUCUGCUCUGGGCCGUGCUGCUGGCGGCGUGGGAGGCGGCGUGGGGGCAGCUGCGCUACUCGGUGCCCGAGGAGAUGCCCAAGGGCUCGUUCGUGGGCGACGUGGCCAAGGACCUGGGGCUGCAGCUGCCGGCGCUCCGAGAUGGUGGUGCCCGAAUUGUCUCGGAAGGUAGGACGCAGUAUUUCUCUCUGCACGGGAAGACGGGACAUUUAGUGACGGCGGAGAGGAUCGACAGAGAGCAGCUGUGCGAGCGUGUGCAGCAAUGCGUGCUGCGCUGUGAGCUGAUAGUGGAGGGACAGAUGCAGGUUUACCGAAUAGAAGUUGAUAUCAUGGACAUUAAUGACAACUCGCCCAGCUUCAAGGAACUUGAGCUGGAAGAGAGAAUAAGCGAGACGACAGCCCCGGGGUCGAGGUUUCCCCUGGCCGAGGCUCACGACCCGGACUCGGGCCGGAAUUCCCUGCAGAGCUACGAGCUGAGCGGUGACGAGCACUUCUCGCUGGCCGUGCAGGCGGGCCCCGGCGGCGAUCAGCGUCCCGAGCUGGUGCUGGCCAAGGCGCUGGACCGCGAGGAGGCGGCGUUUCACGAGCUGGUGCUGAGGGCGAGCGACGGCGGCGAUCCGGCCCGGACGGGCACGGCUCGGAUCCGCGUGACGGUGCUGGACGCGAACGACAACGCGCCCGUGUUCAGCCAGGCGGAGUACAUGGUGCGUGUGCCCGAGGACGUGCCCGUGGGCUCCGUCCUCGUCACCGUCACGGCCACGGACGCCGACGAGGGGCUGAACGGGAAUGUGAAAUACUCGUUAAAGAAAGUAACAGAAAGAGCAUCGAAGAUAUUCCGUCUGGACUCCGAGAGUGGAGCGAUCACUCUGUUGCAGAGCCUGGACUUUGAAGAAGGCGACUCGUACGAACUGGAGGUGCAGGCACGGGAUGGCGGUGGCCUUUCCGACACAGCCAAAGUCGCGAUCACUGUCACAGAUAUAAACGAUAAUGCGCCCAAAAUUUCAGUACGGUCAUUGCUGACUGAUAUUUCUGAGGACGCCCCAUCAGGGACUGUUGUCGCACUUUUGCACGUAAAUGAUAGGGACUCUGGGGCGAACGGCGAGCUGCGGUGCUCGCUCGACAAGGACGUCCCAUUCCGGUUGGAAAAGUCCUUUGAGGACUACUAUCGCGUGGUGACAUCGGGAGAGCUGGACCGCGAGCAGGUGUCGGAGUACAACGUGACGGUGCGGGCGGCCGACGGCGGGUCGCCGGCGCUGCAGAGCAGCGCGGUGCUGGCGCUGCGGGUGUUGGACGUGAACGACAACGCGCCCGUGUUCGAGCAGGAGCGCUACAGCGCUCGUCUGGCGGAGAACAACGCGGCGGGCGCGCUGGUGCUGACGGUGCGCGCCACGGACGCGGACUGGGGGCAGAACGCGCGCGUGCGGUACCGGCUGCGGGAGGGGCGGGUGCGGGGCGCGCCGCUGUCGUCGUACGUGUCGGUGCAGGCGGAGACGGGCGCGCUGUACGCGCUGCGCUCCUUGGACUACGAGCAGGUGCGCGAGCUGCAGCUGUGGGUGCGUGCGGAGGACGGCGGCGCGCCGGCGCUGAGCAGCAACGUGUCGGUGCGGCUGCUGAUCGUGGACGAGAACGACAACGCGCCGCAGGUGCUGUACCCGGCUUCGGCGGCGGCGGCGGGCUCGGGCGCUGCGUGGUCGGGCGUGGAGCUGGCGCCGCGCUGGGCGGAGGCCGGCGCGCUGGUGGCCAAGGUGGUGGCGGUGGACGCGGACGCGGGGCAGAACGCGUGGCUGUCGUACGAGCUGGCCAAGGCGACGGAGCCGGGGCUGUUCCGCGUGGGGCUGCACAGCGGCGAGGUGCGCACGGCGCGCUCGCCGCUGGCCCGCGACGCGGCGCGCCACAGCCUGGUGGUGGUGGUGAAGGACCACGGGCGGCCGGCGCUGUCGGCCACGGCCACGCUGAGCGUGGUGCUGGCCGAGAGCGUGGCCGAGCUGCUGGCCGAGCUGGGCAGCGCGGCCGAGGCGGCGGCGCCGGGCGAGGCGGCCGGCAGCCUGACGCGCUGGCUGGUGCUGGCCGUGGCCGCCGUGUCGUGCCUCUUCGUCGCCUUCCUGCUGCUGCUGCUGGCGCUGCGCCUGCGCCGCUGGCGCCGCCGGCAGCUGCUGCCGCCCGCCAGCGGCGCCUUGCGCGGCGUGCCCGUGUCGCACUUCGUGGGCAUCGACGGCGUGCGCGCCUUCCUGCAGUCCUACUCGCACGACGUGUCGCUCACGGCCGACUCGCGCAAGAGCCAGCUGCGCUUCUCGGGCGCCAGCUGCUGCGACACCCUCCCGGCCCGGCCGCUGCCCGACGAGCCCGCGCCGCUGCUCGGGCAGGAGGAUGUGGCCGCCGCCCUCCCCGCCGAUCCCUCCGCUCCCUCGUGUUCCCUGGCUUGCAUAGGAGACUUUGCUGAAAAGCGAGGUGGAGUUUCCCUUGGUGACGUUAUGAUGUGGUGGUCAGACGUGCUGGUGCCCGUUGCUAUCGUGAUUGUGACUCGAAAGAAUGCCCUAAAAGCACCAGAGAGCACAUUUGAGAUAGAAAGGCCCUGGAGUCGAAUGAAGCAAGAGCUUCUGCGCUUGCUGUGUGCAGCGGAGCGGAGACCCCGGUGCCGGUGCAGGCCCGGUCCCCGCGCCAGUCCGGGCCCCCGGAGCGCGGCCAUCCGGCGGCUGCAGUGGCGUCGCGGCGCCUCCGGGUGCCGCUGUUGGCCGCCGCCGAGCGGCGCUGGAGCCGCGGCCGCCGCAGCGUCCUGCCCCCGCAGGCUGCUCGCUCGCCCGGCGCCGGCCACAGCGGCAGCGGCAGCGGCAGCGGCGAGAGGCGGCGCUUGUCGGGGAGCAGCGGCGUCCGAGGCGGCCCGAGCGGGCUGUGUGCGCUGCGGCGGGCGCUGCGCUGUGCGGCGAGAGCGGCUGCGAGGGAGGCGCGGCAGCGGCAGGAGGCAGGAGCGCGGCGAGCGCUGGCGGCAGAGAAUGGCGGUGAGGCGGCGGCAGAGGCGCGGGCCGGGCGGCGGGCGAGCGCUGCUGGGCGCGGUGCUGCUGUGCGUGUGGUGGCGGGCGGCGGCCGAGCGGGUCCGCUACGCCAUCCCCGAGGAGCUGGGCACAGGCUCGCUCGUGGGGCCGCUGGCGCGGGACCUGGGGCUCAGCGCGGACGAGCUGCCGGCGCGCAAGCUGCAGGUGGCGUCUGGCGGCAAGAAGCAGCUGAAAUACUUCACGGUGAACGAGGAGAACGGGAACCUGUACGUGAACGAGAGGCUGGACCGGGAGGAGAUGUGCGGCGAGUCGGCGACCUGUUCUGUCAGCUUCGAGGCGCUGGUUCACAACCCGUUGAACGUUUUCCACAUCGAGGUGUCCAUCGAGGACGUGAACGACAACUCCCCGACCUUCAGCAAGGCUGCUCUGGACCUCGAGAUUGGUGAAUGGACGCUUCCGGGUGCUCGCUUUCCACUGGAGAUGGCACGGGAUACAGACGUAGGAAGUAACUCGUUGCUGACUUAUCAGCUCGCCAGCAACCCGUCCUUCUCUCUGGCCUUAAAGGAGAGCACUGAUGGAAGCAAGCAGCCGGAAUUGGUACUGGAGAGAGCUCUGGAUAGGGAGAAGCAGAGCAACUUUGAGCUGGUGCUGAUAGCGAUCGAUGGCGGGGACCCCGCGAGGUCCGGGACUGUCCAGAUUCGCAUCAACGUGACGGACCUAAAUGACAACCCGCCUGUGUUCACGAAAAGCGUCUACGAUGCGAGCGUAGCGGAGAAUCUGCCGGCGGGGUCGUUUGUGCUGCGGGUGCGAGCGACGGAUGCAGACGCAGGCACCAACGGGCGGGUCUCCUACUCCUUCAGCAACGUUCCAGGCGCCAUCAGCUCGUUGUUCGCUGUGGACAGUGAAAAUGGGGAGGUCAGGACGUUGGGUCCCCUCGAUUUCGAGGAGAAGAGUAAAUACAUCUUCGGCCUGGAGGCAAGAGACGGCGGGGGUUUGGUCUCACACUGCAAGGUGCAAAUAGACGUCACGGACGAGAACGACAACGCGCCCGAGAUCACCAUUCUGUCACUGUCGAGUCCCGUGCCCGAGGACGCUCCGGUCGGCACCGUGGUCGCCGUGCUGAAUGUGAACGAUCCAGACUCGGGCGAGAACGGUCAGGUGUCGUGCGAGCUGUCGGGGGAGGCGCCGCUGUCGAUCGUGGCGUCGUCGAGCGGCUCGUACAAGGUGGUGACGGCGAGCGCGCUGGACCGCGAGCAGGCGGCCGAGCAGCGCGUGACGGUGGUGGCCCGGGACCGGGGCAGGCCGGCGCUGCGGAGCAGCAGGGAGCUGGUGCUGGAGGUGUCGGACGUGAACGACAACGCGCCGGUGUUCGAGGAGGCGGCGUACAGCGCGUACGUGGCGGAGAACAACGCGGCGGGCGCGCUGGUGGUGCGCGUGCAGGCGCGGGACGCGGACGCGGGCGCCAACGGGCGCGUGAGCUACUGGCUGGCGGGCGGCAGCGCGGGCGCGGCGGGCGCGGCGCCGCCGGUGUCGGUGGAGGCGCGGAGCGGCGCGCUGUACGCGCAGCGCUCCUUGGACUACGAGCAGUGCCGCGAGUUCUGGGUGGCGGUGCGGGCGCAGGACGGCGGCGCGCCGGCGCGCAGCUCCACGGCCACGGUGCGCGUGUUCGUGCUGGACCGCAACGACAACGCGCCGCGGGUGCUGUGGCCGGCGGAGGCGGGCGAGGCGGCGGCGGGAGGGGCGGCGCCGCCUUUCGAGGUGGUUCCGCGUUCGGCCGAGGCCGGCUACGUGGUGGCCAAGGUGGUGGCGGUGGACGCGGACGCGGGGCGCAACGCGUGGCUGUCGUACGAGCUGGUGCAGGCGUCGGAGCCGGCGCUGUUCCGCGUGGGGCUGCACAGCGGCGAGGUGCGCACGGCGCGCGCCGUGUCCGAGCGGGACGCGGCCAAGCAGCGCGUGGUGGCCGUGGUGAAGGACCACGGGCAGCCGGCGCUGUCGGCCACGGCCACGCUGCACGUGGUGCUGGCCGAGAGCUUGCAGGAGGCGCUGCCGGAGCUGAGCGAGCGGGCGGCGGGCGGCGAGGCGGCGGCGGCCGAGCUGCAGUUCUACCUGGUGCUGGCGCUGGCGCUGCUGUCGGCGCUCUUGGUGCUGAGCGUGGCGCUCUUGGUGCUGGCGCGGCUGCGCCGGGCCGGGCCGCCCGCCGUGCUGCGCUGCCUGGGCGCGCAGCGCUUCUCGGUGGCCGGCGCCGCCUUCCCGGCCGACUUCUGCGAGGGCACCUUGCCCUACUCCUACAACCUGUGCGUGGCGGCGCCGGCCCGCGCCGUGCCCGAGGCGGCUUGGCCGCCGCCGCCGGUGCCCGUCCUGUCUGCGGAGGAGCUGCUGGGCGGGGAUUCGUGCGAGAAGCCCAGCCUGAGCAGCAGCGCCGUGGCGGAACAGCCCUCUGCCGACCCCGACGCACCGCAGCAAGCUCAGCCUAACACAGAUUGGCGCUUCUCUCAGACCCAGAGACCUGGAACAAGUGGCUCCCAGAAUGGAGAGGAAGCUGGAGCCUGGCCCAACAACCAGUUUGACACGGAGAUGCUCCAAGCCAUGAUCCUGGCUUCAGCCAACGAAGCUGCUGACGGUAACUCGACCCUGGGCGGCGGCAAUGGCACGAUGGGGCUGAGCGCUCGCUACGGCCCCCAGUUCACCCUGCAGCACGUCCCCGACUACCGGCAGAACGUCUACAUCCCGGGCAGCAACGCCACGCUCACCAACGCCGGCAAGCGCGACGCCAAGAACGCCGCCCCCGCCGCGGGCAACAAGAAGAAAUCCGGGAAGAAGGAGAAGAAGUAGUGAAAAAGAGAAAGGAGACCUUAGAGCUACAGGGCAGCCGGCUCCAGCACUCCCCCAAAACCACAGCCCAGGCCGGAGGACGAAUGUGAAUUUUUUUUGUGGUGCAAAGUAGGAAAUGCUGCGAAUGUAUCUCGUCAUCAUCAGAGCUGAGAGCAGGGGCUCGCUGCUCUCAGGUCUCAUGAUGGAAACCAAUCCAGAAUCUAAACCGAACGCAAACAAGUGCCCUGUGAAUAACGUUUUAUACAACCCCUCGGGUAUUCGAAUAUGCAAGGGCGGAAGGUCUUUUGCCAUGUCUUUGGAUCCGAUUUGCUCCCAGGUAGUCCGAGAAAGGCACAAGGCCUGUGCUCGGCUUUGCCCAGUGUAAAUAAUUUUAAUGUGGAUCUUUUAAUUUAUAACCCUUCAACUAUAUUUUGGAAAGGAAAUGGAAGUUCUUAGCUUAGAGCCCGUGCUACAGUUCUUUGCUCUUAAAUUUUCCAUUCUUAAAAUUCACCCCCAGUCAAUGAUAGCGAUGGAUUUUGGAAUUUGGAAGUUGGUAGGGAGUGCUUCAGUUCCUGCUUACCUGUCAUCUGGGAAAAAAGUAUUUAUAUUGCAUGAGUCAAAGGGAAUAUGGCAAAGCUGCAUCCUAAACAUUUUUUGUGUUGUUUUUUGUUUUUUAAAGUGUAACCACUAAUGGCCUGAAAUAGGUUAAGGAAAAAGCCCUCCUGCUGUGUGAGAGGCAGGGAAUUCCAAGAGGAGCGUGCCGAGGCGUGCGGCAGCUGCCCCGGGGUUCUAGGGGUCUCCGAAGAGCAGACACAUCUCAAACCUUCUUUGCAGUAAAUAUUUAUAUGUACAGUUGAUGUUCUUAUGGAGUUAAGGCUAAGAGAGCCUCGCUCCCCGGCGGCCAGGCCUGGCCAGUCCCCGCGCAGGGGACAGGGGACGCGGCCCCACUGUCUGCACACGGUGUCUGCAUGCUCGUCCCUCCCCUCACACCUGCACUAGCGCAGUAGCUCCACGGACCCGCACAAGCCCUCGCAUGCCCACGCGGUGCGAACGCGCCGGCAGCCCCGAGCCUCGCGCCGGGGCUGCCUGGGGAAGGGGUGGGAGGGGGUGGGAUGGCUCAGGCCGGCUGGGGAAACUCAUUAUUGCUUCUAGUUCGGGCCCCAAAGGGCGUUUGGGGCGGCCGGGCGGUUCUGCCAGGCGAUUCUUGGGGGUCUUGCCCCGAGGGGUGGGAUCCUUCGGAUCCAGCGGAGCUGCCGGUGCAUGGCUUUGGUGCAGAGUUGGUGACUGAGUAAGUGAUGGUUGUUUUGGUGGCGUUUGGGGACCAGAUCCAGACAAGGGACCCGAGAGCAGGGGGUGAUGCUGCAAACUGGGGGGCAGUAAUUGGGGGAGUGUCACAUGGGACCAUGCAGGGCCUGCCCGGAGGAGGUGAUGCUCCCGCUGGCUUUGGGCUUUGUACCCUGCGGGGGGAAUUAAAGGAUGAGGAUUAGAGUUUCUCCAUGUGCCCAUCACCAAAGCACCAGGCCAGCUUCCCAUAGCAAAGCAGCUCUGAGCCCCCGGGGGAGGCAGAUGGGGGCUUUGUGUAGCCAGAGCCAGGAGAGGAGCUGUGGGGUGGCCGGGAAGGGGCCACGCCGAGUUUCCCAGGGGGGUGUGUGUUGUUUUUUUCCUUUUUUAAUCACUAACACGUAACUCACCCGAGCAGAUCCAGCCCUUUCAGCCAGGCUCUCCUCACCCCUGCCCCUCCCCAGCCCCAGGGCAGCAGGAGCAUCCUCCGUGUUUCAUCCCAUCCAGCUGCCUCCGGCGCUGGCUGCACUGGGAGCGGUUCCCACCCUGUCCCCUGCAGCUGCCACCUGUCCCCCCUCUAGAAAUGCUGUAGCUGAAUCGUAGUCUUUAUAUUUUCUUUUUAAUCUGCAAUCUGAGGUAGCGUAGUGAGUGUUGUGUAUUUAGUGGCGUGUUAUUUUUAAUCGCGGUAACUAACUUGUGGACAUCAGUAUUUUCAAUUUUCUCUGUAUCUUCUUUCCAUGUGCUCUGUGCUCCGAGUGUACGUGAAAUGAAACACGUUUGCCCUUUCAAUGUGUCUAAUAUUGAAUUAUACUUAUAUAUUAUAUAUAUGCUUAUAUCCUUCUUAUACCCAUAUAGACCAACGUCGAUGUGUUACACGCAAGUUUUAUACUCUAAUAUUUAUAUUGCUUUUUUUCUUUGGGAAAAAAAAAUAAUAAAAUGGUUUCUUCUGAA